AAUCAUCAAAUGAGUGACAAAAUGAAGGCUACUCGAGACAAAGUCACGAGUAGCUCUUUUUGUCACGAAACCCGUUCAACUCCAAUAGACAUUAUUUCAUGCAGGGGUAGUAUGGCACAGCACUUGAUUGCAGGGGCAAAUCAAGUGAUGUGCAACAAUGCAAUUCUGUAG